CUCGAUUGCUAUUAAUCACGAUACUCCAAAUGAUAAGACUCUCUGGAGUCGUGUCUCUGCAGGAGCUUACCGUAACCUCCUUGUUGCACCAGAGCAAUUUUUUCCUGAAGGUGGACACAUUCCCCGUCUCGCGCUGUUGCUGAAGGAUCAGAACUUCAUCAAGCGGGUUGGUUUUUUUUUUCGUUGAUGAGGCUCAUUUUAUUAUCACGGCUGGAGAACCCAAGGCAGGGGAGAAGGUCGCGUUCCGUGCAGCAUAUGGCAAGCUCGCGGAGGUACUGGUGCAACUCCCACUCGGCGUUCCUGUUGCCCUCUUCUCGGCAACUUUGCCACAGCCGAUACUCCAGCGAAUCGUUAAAUCACUGAAUCUUUCGAAGGAGAUAACAGAUACCUUUAUGCUGACCACCAACCGCCCAAAUAUCAGUCAUGCGGUGAUUCCUAUGGUCGACUCCAUCAAAAAUCUCAGCAACCUUGAUUUUCUCGUAUCUGUUCCGUUUCAUCCGCCUAUGUCUUAUCCUCCGAAGUCUAUCAUAUUCAUAGAUCACAAACUCAGCACAGCAGCUGUAGCAAGAUACCUCAAUGCUCGUUUACCUGAGGCAGUUCGUCAUGUGUUCAAGUUUCGGCACCUCCAUUCUAGCAUGUCGACGGAACAUAAUGAAAUGGUAUUCGACGAGUUCCGAAAGUCAGAUGGCUUUGUUCAGGGCAUAGUGGCGACUUCGGGCGCGUCGACUGUGACUGUUCCUGGCUGA